AUGCACUUCAUCACCUACACCACACUCAGCCUCCUCGCCCUAGCCACCUCGGCAACCGCAACCUUCGCCCAAGUCAACAACAACUGCCCCAUCCCAAUCUGGAUCACCAUCACAAACGCCACCCAGCAACCAAGCCAAUACGCCGUCCCCAUAAACGGCACCUACCUCCAAGGCCGCAGCGGUAUCGGCAAUGCCUUUGGCCUAAGCAAAACUUCCGCCUACUUUUCUCCUCAAACACCCAAAUGGACUUUGGGCUUUACAGACUCGCCUCAGGAUGGCUUGCUGUACUGGUCCGUUAUCAAUGCUGAUGGUGAUGCAUUUGCUGGUUUGGCUUGGCGGGUUUCGUUUUCCGAUCCGGCGUGCCCAGCCAUGACUGCUUAUGAUGGGGGUAUUGUACACACCUGUGCCAUUACUGCCAAUCUCACUGUUACCCUGUGUUAG